UGGAAUGUGCACAAUGCCCCGCCGCCCCGCCGCUCCUGCGCACAGCGCCCGGGAGCGGCAAAACUGACUUCAGAAUAAACACGUCCAGAAAUCACCCUCUAUGAAUCACCCUACCUACUGAAAGAAACGUCUUUUGGGUUUAUAGGGUUUUUAUCCAGGCUCUAGCUAUGGAAAAUCUCAGCAGAGAAUAAGCGACAGAGAGUAAGUGCAUGCAGGGAAGGACGACAGAAGCGAACGGAUAUUUAGAAGAACAUCAAAGUCCCGAUUUGUUCUCUUGGAGCUGGAUAUUUCAAUAAAAGCUGCUAAGAAUUCAGGGGUUUUUCUGCCAAGUCCAGUAUUCAUCUCUCUCCUAUUUUGCUAUGGAGGGGGGAUCCACUGAAGAGUUUCUCUUCAAAGACCAGGACUUCUCCUCUGAACUGCUGAGGCAGCUGAAUGCUCUGCGGCAGAGCGGGCUGCUGACUGAUGUUACCCUCUGUUCCGGGGGUUUUGAAAUCCCCUGUCACCGAAAUGUGCUGGCUUCCAGCAGUCCGUACUUCAAGGCAAUGUUCUGUAAUGACUUCAGAGAGAGUCGCCAGGCUAAAGUCAUCCUGAAGGGCAUCGACGCCAACAUUUUGGAUCAGAUUAUCCUUUAUGUUUACACAGGGGAGAUUCUUAUAUCCACUGAGAAUGUCCUGUGCCUGUUGGAGACUGCCUCCAUGCUGCAGUACACUAAGCUAUUUGAGGCCUGCUCUGCCUACCUUCAAGACAAGCUGACUCCUGACAACUGUCUGAGCAUGAUUAGACUGGCAAAAAUCUUGAACUGCCAAAGUCUGAAUAAGAAAGCCAAGGCUAUGGCUUUGAAAUGCUUUCCUGUGGUGGCCUCUUCUGAGGACUUGAAGGACCUUUGUCCCUUGGAGCUCAUCGACUACCUUGGGGACGAUGAACUCUGUGGGGAGGAGGAGCAGGUCUUUGAGGCACUGAUGGUCUGGGUCCGGCACGACCUCCAGGCACGACAAGGCUACAUCCAAGAAUUGUUCAAGAAAGUCCGCCUUCAAUACGUCCAUCCAACUUUCCUCUUCCACUUCAUUGCCAAUGACUCACUCGUUCAGUCCUCACCCACUUGCAGGAGCAUCCUUGAGUCAGCCUGGAGACAUAUGUUUUCCCUGUACAGCACCAACGCACCUGACAUCAAACCCAUGAUGCAUGUUCCUCGCCGGUACUCCAACCAAGAGUUCCUCAUCAUCAUUGGUGGCAGGAAGGACAGCCAGCAGACGAGGGAUGUCCUGCUCUAUGAUGACAAGACAAACCAAUGGCUGAGCCUGGCCAAACUUCCCAUGCACCUGUACAAAGCCUCUGCAGUGAGUUUACACAGCAACAUUUAUGUGCUCGGAGGGAUGCCUGUUAGCAAUAAGAAAAGCCUGGUCAGUGGUAAUAUUUACAUUUACUCCCUCAAACUCAAUCAGUGGAGGUUGAUUGAGCAUAUGUUAGUUCCACGUUACUCCCACAGAAGUUUGGCAUAUAAAAAUUAUAUUUUAUCAUUCGGUGGAAUUGGUGAAAACCAGGAAAUCCUGAAUUCUGUGGAAAGAUAUGAUAGCGUCUACAACACCUGUGAGAGCAUGGCAAACAUGCCUGUUGCUGUUCUUCACCCUGCUGUUGCUGCCAAAGAUCAGAGGGUCUACCUCUUUGGGGGAGAAGACAUUAUGCAAAACCCAGUUCGGCUGAUCCAGGUUUACCAUGUGUCCAGGAAUACAUGGUUUCGGAUGGAGACUAGAGUGGUGAAGAAUGUCUGUGCACCAGCUGUCACAAUUGGAGACCAGAUUAUCAUCAUAGGUGGGUACACCAGGAGAAUCAUUGCUUAUGAUACAAAAGGCAACAAGUUUGUUAAAUGUGCAGACAUGAAGGACAGACGAAUGCAUCAUGGGGCCACUGUCAUCAAGAACAAGCUGUAUGUCACAGGAGGACGAUGUCUCACCACAGACAAUGUCAUCAAGGACCUGGAUUCCUUGGACUGCUAUGAUCCAGAGACUGACACGUGGACACCAAAGGGAAAACUGCCACACAGACUCUUUGACCAUGGAUGCCUUACGCUCCAGUGUGUCCCCUGUUCUAACCUUCUCUAAACGAGCUUUGGUACUUCCUUUGUGCUUUCCUUCCCGGAAAGGACUUGCCUCGCUCUGCAGAGAGCACAUGGGGAAUCCUUAUGGGGUCAGGCAAACUCUUGACUUUAAAUGCACAAGCAGCGCUAGUCCUUCCCAGACCCUGUGCCAGGAAGAUCAUAAGCUCUGUGCUUGUGCCUGUUCACCUGACUGGUAUUGCAUAUGGUGCUGCUGAGUCCAGUGUGGAGGCCUUACCCAGUAUCUCAACAGAAAACAGGAAAAAGAUACUGGGUAAGAACCCAUUGUAGGAUUUGGCCUUGUACAGACUGAAUAGGGAUGCUGAUAUCUCCAGGGAAAGUAAGA